CCCAUUACCCAAAAUAACUAAAACCAUUGCCAUUACGUUCCACUCCCCUCCUCCUCCGUAGAUCGAGAACCGCCCAAACCCCACCGCCCUUUCUCAAUCCCACCGCCGCAACGCCGCCGCGUAACCCCCCCUCAAUUUUUGCCCUACAACUGACAAUCGACGGUUGUGGGUUUGUGUUUUGUUCAUCUCUGAUUUUGUGCUCCGCUCCCCGCUUUUUGUCCUUUUUGAUGAUUGAGUUUUGUUGGAUGAAAUUUCGGCGAUGAAGAUGAUGAACAACGGCUAUAACAGUAGCUUCAACAGCAAUAGUGUUGGAUUGAUGUCGAACGCGGCGGCGACGACGGCGUCUUCGUCGUCGUCGGCUUCGACUACAAACGCGAAUUCACAAUCGCAAGGCCUCAAAACCUAUUUUAAAACCCCUGAAGGACGGUACAAGCUUUAUUAUGAAAAGACUCAUCCUCCUGGCUUUCUCCCAUUUUCUCAUGGAAAAUCAUUCUCUCAGGUGACUCUGGCGCAGCUUAAGGACAAGCCGGCGCAGGCUGGUCCAACUCCGAGCUCGAAUUCUAGUGCGAGUGCGAGUAGUGGAGUGAGAUAUGCCGCUGCAAAGUUCCUUGGGGUUGGGGGUGGAAAUGGGGUUCGAGCGAUUGGCUUUGCAGGUGGUAACGGCACUGGUAAAGCUGUUAAUGGAGCUAGUAGAAGUGGCUCACUGGUUGGCUCAAAUGGCAGCCACUCCAUUCUUAACCCCAACUACGAUGGGAAAGGAACCUACCUGAUUUUUAAUGUCGGAGAUACCAUCUUCAUUGGCGACCUUAAUUCACCAGAUAAGGAUCCUAUAAAGUCCUUGCACUUUAGCAAUUCAAAUCCUAUCUGUCAUGCCUUUGAUCCUGAAGCUAAGGAUGGUCAUGACCUACUUAUUGGAUUGAAUUCUGGAGAUGUGUACUCCGUAUCUUUAAGGCAGCAAUUACAAGAUGUUGGGAAGAAGCUUGUUGGAGCCCAACAUUAUAACAAAGAGGGCAGUGUCAAUAACAGUCGAUGUACCAGCGUUGCAUGGAUUCCAGAAAGUGAUGCUGCUUUUGUUGUUGCUCAUGCUGAUGGAAAUUUGUAUGUCUAUGAAAAGGGCAAGGACAGUACAGUUGACACUUCUUUCCCAGUCAUAAAGGAUCAAACUCAAUUUUCAGUCGCACAUGCACGGUCCAGUAAGCAGAGCAAUCCAAUUGCUAGGUGGCAUAUUUGCCAAGGGCCAAUCAACAAUGUUGCUUUCUCGACCGAUGGAAUAUAUUUGGCAACCGUUGGUAGAGAUGGAUAUUUACGGGUGUUUGACUAUUUGAAAGAACAGUUGAUAUGUGGUGGCAAAAGUUAUUAUGGUGCUCUUCUUUGUUGUACAUGGAGCGGCGAUGGAAAAUAUAUUUUAACUGGCGGUGAAGAUGAUCUUGUCACAGUAUGGAGCAUGGAAGAUAGGAAGGUGGUGGCAUGGGGGGAGGGACAUAAUUCAUGGGUCAGUGGUGUGGCUUUUGAUUCAUAUUGGUCAUCACCAACUUCAGACGACACGGAGGAAAAUGUCGUUUACCGGUUUGGUUCAGUUGGUCAGGACACACAAUUGCUCUUGUGGGACUUGUCAAUGGAUGAAAUUGUGGUUCCCCUUCGACGAUGCCCUCCCGGUGGAUCCCCGACAUUUAGCACCGGAAGCCAGUCAGCUCACUGGGAUAGCAUUACCCCAUUAGGCACACUUCAGCCUGCUCCAAGCAUGAGGGACGUUCCAAAGCUUUCUCCAGUAGUAGCUCAUCGUGUCCAUACUGAACCCUUGUCUGGUUUAAUAUUCACCCAAGAGUCUAUUCUCACAGCAUGCCGAGAAGGACAUGUGAAGAUUUGGAUGAGACCGUCCUCUGAAACACAGUCGAGCAACCCAGAAUCUCUCGUCGGUUCUAGCACGUUGGCUAGUACCAGAGUUGGUUCCUCUACUUUGAAGUAGUGUUGCAAAAUUCAGUUUCGACAUACCGGGAUCUCGCUUGUACAUGAUUAAGCCGUUCCACCCACUUGGGUCCUCUGCUAUUUGGCAAAUGGUACGGACAGUUUUUUGGGGUCUUCCUUAUUCUAGAGAUUAGGAAAGAGUAUUACGUUUGCUCCACAUUAACUCGCUGCAAAUUUGCAGUGGGAUUAACCAAUGGCUCUGCUUAUAAACUCUUGUUUGACAUAUACUAUGCCAUAGAAAAUGCACAGGCUAUUGUUAACAGCGGGUUCGUAACGUUACUUCGAUACAUCGCUUCAGUACAUCAUCUAAUAGGCGAGGAGACGAUGAAAAUAAGUUAUCGAGGGAAAACUAAAGGUAUAUCAUUGCCUAGUAAUAAUCAUUUUAUACCAUGGAAUUGCCUCCGACUAAUGUGUAUUUGGUUGCCAUUGUAGUUGUUGAUCUUGUCUAUAUCAUUUCAGAUUUCAGUUUUUGUUA